UUGUUUCGCAGGUGGAAGGGAACUCUGCAGGAACACGAAUGGAGACACAAGUGUUGAAGUUAGUUUGCGAGGAUUUCCAAGGAGCUGUUGACACGGCUGAUUUGAUAUACAAUCUCUUCCCUGAAGAUAUCCACAGUGUGACGAGGAUAAUUUCCAACUCAAAGAAUUUUGCUCUGAGUUGUCCCAAUGAACAGUCGAGGGUGGUGGCCAGGACGAGUCUGAGGCUGUGCUGGGUCAGAGAGUGCCCGGGGUCAUGCGGUGGACUACACCUGUGCAAAAACUUCCUCUUCAGCGGCACUUGUCAUUUUACUAAGUCCAGCAAAGGCUGCAACUUCUCCCAUGAGCUGAACUCUACCCACAAUCAAGAGCUACUGAGACAGCAUGGAUUGGAGAGUCUGGGCAGGGGAGCACUGUGCACACUGCUGCUGCAGAGCAAUGAAAGACUCCUUCCUUCUAUAUGCCAUGAUUACAACAACGGUGAUGGAGAGUUCGGCCGGUGUAAGGAUGGUAAUAGCUGCAGCAGACUCCACGUCUGUGAGAAGUUUUUAAGCCGUGACUGCAGCUGCUCCAGGAACCAUGAUUUUUCUGCUCAACAGCCACGGAAAACCCUGUGUGACAAAGGCGUGCCUGCCACUCUCUUUUGCUCACUGAAGUCAGUUUAUGCAAAUAAAGAGGCUUUGAGGUGGUCUGAUAACAUAAGUGGUAGGGGCCAAAGGGCCAACCGCCAACAGAAAAGUGGUGAAGGUUCUGCUGAUGCCAACGACAGUGACGCAAGCUGCGAUGCUGGUCUGAAUUUAGACCAAAGGCAGGGGUACAGAGGCAGAGGGAGAGGUGGUGUCCAGGGGUACAGAGGCAACAGGGGCAACAGGGGCAACAGGGGAAACCGAGGUAACAGGGGAAACAGGGGAAACAGAGGACGCGGAGGAAACCAGGGCAACCAGCCACCACACCAAAGAGCUUGUUCUCUUAGCGACAUUUUUGCUAACAUUGAUAAUUUAGAUCUGUACGGUGCCGAACCGAGUGACGAUGUGAGCAUAGGUGGAGGCAGGCAUCAUCAGGCAUCAUCUGCUGUCAGAGGUAGAGGCGGCAAUCGAGGCAACAGGGGCAACUAUCAACAGCUACAACGAUCCCGUUCCAUUAGCGACAUUUAUGCCGCUGCAAAUGGUGACGACAGACCAAACAGAGGACAAAGGCAUGUCAGAGACAAAACAGAAAUAUGCAUGUACUUCAUCAAAGGACACUGUAAGCAUGGGGAACAAUGCUUUAAAGCUCACGACAAGAUGCCAUACAGAUGGGAGGUGAAGGAGGGCGAUAAGUGGACGGCCUUGGCUGAGAAUGAGACAAUUGAGAAGGACUACUGUGACCCCAAGAACUCCUACAGUACCAGCACCCCUCCUGUGCAUUUUGAUACCAUGACCUGUGGAUUUAACCAAGUACGCCGAAUCUCCACCGUUAACUCUUUGGUGGAGCCAACCUUCAUCCACACCACUGAGUGGGUUUGGUACUGGCAGGAUGAGUUCGGAAAUUGGAACCUGUACGCAUCAGACAUUGGUGGACACAAACCAGCAGACAUCACCAGUGCUCAGCUGGAGCAGAAGUUUCUGGACAACAAUAAAGAUGUGGUGGAGUUCAAGGUUGGAUCACAGACAUAUUCACUAAGUUUCCAAGAUAUGAUACAAACAAACAAGCACUAUGGCACUAAGAGAGUCGUGUGUCGACGGCCUCGAUUCGUCUCUGCUGCGGACGUCCAGUCAAAGAGAGUCAGAAGGCCCCUGAAUCAGCCAAUGUCUGCCCCUGUACCAGACCACUGGGACAAGAACCAGCUGCCUCCUACAGGAUUUUCGCGAAUCUCCCUCCAGCGCACCUCAGAUGAAUUUAAGGAAGUUGAGGCUCUUUUCUGUAAAACCAUGAGAGGCUUUGAUGUUGUCAAGAUUGAGAGGAUUCAGAACAAAUCUCUUUGGGAAGUCUUUCAGUGGCAGAAGAAUAUGAUGAAGACCAACAACAGUGGGUGCAAUGUGGCAGAAAAAAAGCUUUUUCAUGGCACUGACUCCAAAUACGUUGACGCCAUAUGCCACUCCAACUUUGACUGGAGAAUCUGCGGGAGCCACGGGACGGCUUUUGGCAAAGGUAGUUACUUUGCCCGGGAUUCCAGAUACUCCCACAGCUACACUGGUGACACUGAUGUCAAGUCCAUGUUCAUCGCACGGGUGCUGGUAGGAGACUACACCUUGGGAUCCUCUGACUACCGGCGUGCUCCUUCUAAAGAUGGCGGUGACAUCAACUUCUACGACAGCUGUGUAAACGACAUGAUGGAUCCCUCCAUAUAUGUGGUUUUUGAGAAGCACCAAAUCUACCCAGAGUACCUGCUGCAGUACAAGACCAUGCACCCACUUGUUGCAUUUUCAGUGCUUCACUAGCACUGAGAUAAACGGCAACAUACCAACAUAGCGUUGCCUCUUCCCAGGAUCUCUUAAGCAGUUCAACUCGACCAGCCCGUUUCUCACCAAUAUCUUCACCACCAUCACCACCGGCCAAGAAGCAAGAUUCCUGUGUCAUUUCUUAAUGACAAGGAUCUUGGAUUAGCUCUUGCAGAAGCUUUGGAUAAUUUGGUGAACUGAUUAAAUAUAGAAAUAAUAUUCAUUACUAUCCACUACCUGCCCAGUCGGGUGCAACCACGUUUGAUAUAACUCAAAUGUAAAUGAUGUAGACGCUUCAAUAGAAUGGUCGAUGCUGAAGUCACAAACUUCAGGUACAUUACGAUCAAUUCAUUGUGUCUGAUUCUGCAGCACUUUUGUCGUGCACUAAAAAACAAAACAAAAAAAAAUACAAAAAUCAAAAAAAAAAAACAUGAUGUCAAAUAAAUGACACAUGACAUGUAUAAAUAUGUCGGUUAUAGCUAUCCAUUUUACUAAAUAAUGGAUCAUUCGAUAUGAAGUAACGGUGACGGAUCAUAAAGUCUGACUUGAUACCCAAACAAUCAUAGCUUACCGUUUGUCACCACAUUCGUAAUGUCAAGGGGAAGUAUUAAACCCUUUGAGAUGCACAAAGGUAACAACGUGGUAGUUUGUGAAACCUUAUCUUUCACUUUGCCGUGUUGUUCACUGAAGAGCACGUUGGAAUUGUCAUACAAUUUCUUACAAUUACAAUUUCCGAGGGCAACGACUGACUCUGUGCCAGUUUGUGUAAUGGCGGGAUUCAGGGUUCAGUUGGGUUCAGUUUUUAUUUCUAAACCUUAUCCAUUUUGUGGUUUUAGCAUUGCUAAUCAUUGCUAACUGAUCACUGCUCUCUUUUCCCAUUCACGCUGUGUUCACAUUCACAUAUUGCCUGGUUUCUCAGUGUUGGAGCUGCAUUCCCCCUUUAUUUUUGAUGAGUUGCGCCGUGUUGCCCUUACCUGUGACGCACAUGCAAUGUGUUUUGCUGUGCUAAUUGUUGCACGUUGUGAUAUUUCAUGGUUAAUGAAAUCUUGUCAAUUGUACUUUUGUUGAAAAUGCUACAUGAGAGGAA